UCGGCCAUUGGGUUACGCUACGCCGACGCUCUAAGUAGGCUUCGUGAAUUGGCGGCGGAUGAGUGCGCUGUUUUCAGUAGGUUUCGUUUUGUGAGCGUUGUAUUCCCGGUGCGAGGAUGAGCUACGACAGGGCAAUCACCGUCUUCUCCCCGGACGGCCAUCUCUUCCAGGUGGAAUAUGCGCAGGAGGCCGUGAAGAAAGGAUCCACAGCGGUUGGGGUACGAGGAAAAGAAAUUGUGGUCCUUGGCGUAGAGAAGAAAUCUGUAGCCAAAUUGCAAGAUGAGAGGACAGUACGGAAGAUCUGUGCGCUGGAUGAGAAUGUUUUUAUGGCUUUUGCAGGUCUCACCGCUGAUGCUCGGAUUGUUAUAAACCGCGCACGUGUUGAAUGUCAGAGCCACCGACUUACAGUAGAAGAUCCGGUGACAGUGGAAUACAUUACAAGAUAUAUUGCUAGUCUGAAACAGCGUUACACUCAGAGCAAUGGACGUCGGCCUUUUGGAAUAUCUGCCUUGAUUGUGGGGUUUGACUUUGAUGGAACUCCCCGUCUCUACCAAACCGAUCCUUCAGGCACUUAUCAUGCAUGGAAAGCAAAUGCUAUUGGCAGAGGAGCCAAAUCUGUCCGCGAGUUCUUGGAAAAACACUACACCGAUGAAGCCAUCGAGACUGAUGAUUUGACCAUUAAACUGGUCAUUAAGGCUCUGCUUGAAGUGGUUCAGUCCGGUGGGAAAAACAUUGAAUUAGCAGUCAUGAGGCGAGACCAGCCUCUAAAGAUCUUGAGCCCGGAUGAGAUUGAAAGGUACGUGGCAGAGAUUGAAAAAGAGAAAGAAGAGAAUGAGAAGAAAAAACAGAAGAAGACUUAAUUUAUUCUAUGAGAAAAUCUAUGUGAAGUAAUUCAGUAAUAAAUCCUUUUUCUUUGAUAAA